AUGCUCUUUUUUCUUGCGGAAUUGCUGUUCCUCGGGGCUGUGGUCCUCGGAGGCUUCUACUACUUCUUUCUCCUACCUCCAAAAUACCCCCAGAAUAUUCCCGCCAUCCCUUUUUGGGUUGCACUUAUCCCAUUUUUCAAAGAUGUCGACCAGUCCGACAUAUUUCGGACAUACAUCGACAAGCCGCUACGGACUCACGGCGCGGUCAAGCUCUUCUUUGGCGCUCAGUGGAACAUUCUGGUUCAUCGUCCGUCUUAUCUGACUGAGAUCUUCAAGAACGAAGAUUUGUAUCAAAAGAGCGGCAACCAGAAGAAAAUUCCUCACAGCGUGCUUGCAGACUUUUUGGGCGACAACAUCAUUUCUGCCCAUGGAGAGACGUGGAAGAAUUACCAAUCAGUCAUCAAGCCCGCUUUGCAACGAAAUUUCGAAGUAGGCAUCAUCGCCAAGAACGCAGUCAGCCUGUGCCAUCUCCUUCGCGAUUCCCAAAAGCGGGCCGGCCGUGGGGGCUUCGCUGUGCAGGAUCUCCUCCAGCGCUACUCGGUCGCGAAUUGCUCGGAAGCCAUCUUGCAGACCAAUCUCGGUGCCCUUGAUUCCCCAGAUGCACCCAUCAAUCUCCUCCAGACGGCGGUGAAGAGAGAAAUCUUCAAGCCUGUUUUCAUGAACUUUCCGAUUCUGGAUCAUCCGAAUCUCCAAUGGCUGUUUCCCAGUCGCGCCAAGGCCCGUCAGGUUGUUGCCAAGUUCAAGAACGAGCUCAAAGGUUCUCUGGCCCACCAGAAACCGACAGGGGACGGUCUAGGCAGCCGAAUGCUACGUGCAUGGGAGUCUGGCAUGUGGAACGAGAAACAGCUUCUCGAUAACUUGACGGUGACGUUCGUGGCUGGUCAAGAGAAUCCUCAGCUGUUGAUGACUUCAACACUCUACGUGUUGGCCAAACACCCUGUCAGUAUUGUCCUAGUGGGCGCCGCAUCUCGCCCCCAAAAGCACGCGAUCUGA